AUGGCUUCUCAUGGUAUAGCCAAGCAGAAGCGAAAUAAACCUUGUGAAAACUGUCGUGCUCAUCGACGCAAAUGCUUUGUGGCACAAGGCAUGCAAUGUGAACGAUGCUAUCGCAUGGAGUUGCCGUGUGUAUUCAAGUUUACAAUCAAACCGGACAUUAGCAGGAAGACGGUGCCAGUAUCGAAGCGCAACCGAAUGCUUGAUCAAGUUCAUCUUUUGGAGGACGACGUGGCUGCUAUGGAGGAACAGUUACGAGCAUUGAAUGUGGCACUACAAUUACAGCAUGACAACAACCAUAAUGACAAUAAUGAUGAUGAUGACAACAUUAGUAUAUUACGGCAUACGAAACGGCAACGACGGGAUGAUGAUGAUGAUGGAUGGCAGCUGACAUUAAGUCGCAGUGCAGAUGGCCUCCAAUUUCAGACCAACAUUAAAUCAGUAGCCGACAUUGCCAUGUUUUUACAACGAUCAAUGCCUUAUUUUUCAUUAUCAACACCAGCACGGCAACCUACGUAUUAUGUCGAUAAACGAUUGCAGCGAUUGACAGUGACCAAUAAGAUGCUCUUCAUCGAACAAUUAUUACGUUCCCUUUUUGGAAGCAAAGUCGAAGAAGACAAUGAUACAACAUCGAUAACAACAAUGAUCCAACAACAGCCAUCGCCCUCCUCAUCAUUCAAAUCGUGUUGUUCACCAGUGAUUCCAACUUGGUCCCGCACUUUUAUCAAGUUGCACUUUUAUGAUUCAUUCUUUCAUUGUUUCGGCCUCAUUCAUCCCGUGCUUGUACGACCCUAUUACCAACACAUCUUACGCAAUCAACCUGACAGCAUGUUAACAACAGCUAUUGCAGCAUUUAUCGGCUAUUCACAAUGUCAACAUGUUCAUGUGGAUGGCAUGACAUUAAUGUAUCGACGCGCUAUGGCUGAAUCCUUUCGACAAGAAGCACGGCAAUUAUUGGAAGAUAGCAUGUUUGAAAAAGAGCCGGAUAUUGAAAUGAUGGGUACCUUGGUACUCUUAGGUCAAUGUUCUUUGAUCUUGUUACGCAACAGCGAGGCACGCAUCACGAUCAGCAUGGCUUGGCGUAUGGCAUUGGAAUUGAGGCACAAGUAUAUGGAGAUCUUGGAUGCUGAUCCAAAUACGGUCGAUUGGGUUGUCUUGGCAGAAGCGGAGUCUUGGAGACGUAUGUUUUAUAUGAUUCGUUACCUGGAGAUCAGCCUACACAUUAUCCAUGAUGGACGUGCCAAUAUCUCGGAUGAUUUGUUGCAUGACAAUGUCGGCUACCCUGUACUUUUACCCUGUGAACAACAAGAUCCUGUUAUUCGUGAUUCAAUAUUAUUGUAUCAGCAAGUUGUACGCAUGAAUGAGUGCCACAUCUUUACAAAGGUGGAUGAAACCGGUUACAGACUCAUGGCAGGCACGGUGCAAUCAGUGCGUUGUACCGAUAUUGAGCACUUGGAGAAUCAAAUGUUUGCUUUUUGGCGAUCGAUGCCUUCAGAAUUCAAGUUAUCGGAUGGGCCUAUGGAAUACCUGGAUCAACGUCGUGUUCAGCAAUGCCGUGAUUAUCACGUUUUAUACCUCAACAAGCUAUAUUAUUCCACUUGGUUAUCACUGGAAGCGCGAGUGAUGCAUGCUCCUGAAGAAACCAAUCUUAUGGGUGCAUCAUUGAAUCGAAUUGACGGGGAACGAGCACUUUUGAUUGUAUCGAUUUGCACGGAUGCUCUUGCAAGGAUAUUCCAAGAACUGCACGACACGUUGCCAUGUAUAGUAGAGUUGCAUUUGGUGCUGGUAGCAAGUGACGCCAUGAAGAUGUUACGUAAUUCUCCCAAUGCAGCCAUCCGUGCACGAGCCACUGACAAUUUAUAUGCAACAUUACGUGUCCUCAAGCACUACAUGGAUCUCAUGAGCCCCUCGGAUGGAUACAACAAUACCAUUCUCACAUCAGCAUUUUCAGAUCCCGCCAUUGACCACAAUCAAGGCAUGUUGACUCCCUAUUCCGAAUCAAGUCAAAGCACGCUACAAACAACUUCGGACGAUGAUGAUGAUGAUGAAUCACUUUCUGAAUACCAACAUCGCCAUCACCACAACCACAACCACCAUCGUCAUCAUUCCCCAUGUACCACUUCCUCAUCCGCUACUACCACUACCACCAACAACAACAGCACCAAUUCAGCUGUUUAUUUUACCGAAUUGAAACGUGCAUUGGAAGUUUAUUUCUCAGGGCAUGGCUAUUCAUCCAUUUAA